AUGAAAGGGCAAAGUUCAAUAACAAUAAUACGUCGGGCGGCUACCUGCCGGCCGACGACGCGGAAGCUGAGCCGGCAUCUGCUGGAUCUACAUCGCCAUCCUGCAUUUUCACAGUACUCCGCGCUCGCUCGGGGGACCCGUCUGUCUUUGUUUUCGUCGUCGUGGGGUACAGUCUACAGUCUCGAAGACGGACAGAGUCCUCCGACAGCGCCGGGGGUUCGCCGACGACAGAAUUACGCACUCAGAAAUAUACACACUACACCGACUCGGCGGAAGGAUGCGAGCGAGCCAGAGUCGGAGGAGGAAAUUGCCCAGGAGGAGAAACGAGUAGUUCCUCCACUGUCAGAAUUUAUGCAGCAGGACUUUUAUGAAAGUAAGGCGGGCAAGGAGAACAGCACAAACACACGUGAAUCAAUAUCGCGCCCAUCUUCAACUUCAUCGCCAUCAUCACCAUCACUCACACAAACAUCAUCCGAUCUCGAUAUUGAAGAAACAGACGAUCUCGACUAUAUAGAAACAGACGCCAGCGAAUCUACAGAGCUCACACAACCAGAAGAAGAAGAGGAAAUAGAUCCGAUCCGCGACAUCAGAUUUGCGCACAAUUUCAUGUGGGCAGCCCCCACCGACGGAAUCUUCCAACCCCAGCUCUCCUACGACCGCGCAAUCCUCCCUCCCGAAGAGCAAAGCACACAAGAGUGGAGUCCACCAGAUCACAUCAAGCCAUCGGCAAAUCUGUCGCUGUCGUACUUCAUCGAAGCCCUCUCGCACGAGCUCGAUACCAUCCCGCGAUAUCCUUCCGCAAAAGUGGUCGAGUGCCGGAUCCUGCCGAUUCUGCGCCGCGCGCAGGAUAAUCCGACGCCGUAUAAUAUGAUCAAAGAGUAUCUCGUGCGGGAUUACGGACGGGCUACGGGUAGACUGAUAAAUUGCCUUUGCACGGCGUUUGCGAGACCAGGAGUUCCUGAGUAUGCGUUCGAGGCACUUGUCGGGCUUUUUGUCAAGACGCGAAACCCCACAGAAGUCGCCAAAUCGCUGCGGGCGCUUCCGCCGCGAUCAGCGCUGCUCAGUGCAGCUCGGAAACUCUCCAUACCAAACACGAACCGAUUGAUAAUGAAGAUCGUCAAUGCAAAGGAGGAAGAGAGCAUUCGUUUGCUGGCGGUCGUGCUCGUUCAACUCGCGCUGAAUAGCGGUCAUGAGCUUACUGCUGCCUUGAUUUACUUGCGCUUAGCUCGCGAGCUGCCUGGAAGUCUCCCUAGGCUGGUCGCCCGCCGUGACCUCGGACCUGAUCACAAUUCUGAUCUGAUGGACGAGAUCUUGAAGCAGUUGAUUGCUUCUCUCGACCGAGAUCCGUCUCCCGAGCGACUCAAGGCCGUCGUGAGCUUGUGGCGCGCAGUGAUGGACAAUGGUGGCGCAUUGCCUCGAACGUUGCAUAUCACGCUUUUGGAGAAAGCGUUGCUGAUCACCGAGAAGAUGGACGAGGAUGCUGAAGCUGUCGAACUGCUGCCAUUUCCUGACGGUCGUAAGAUCAGGGUCGGACGCAAGAUCUCGGUUCCUGCGCUGACGGGGCCAGUCGCGAUCUUGGAUCACAUUCGAAAGCAAGAGGAGUGGACUCUACGCAAGACCUCUGUCCCGACAGCAAUCUACCUGCAAGUGAUUGCGCGGCAUAUGAAAGCCGGCAACAUGCUCGCAGCCGCGGACAUGGUCAACCAGAUGAUUGCCCGCGAAAACUCGUCGAUCAACAUGGUCCCGCACGAAGUCACCGCCAAGCUUGUGCGCGGACUGGCGCGAAACAGAUAUUUCCAGCGCGCGCAGGACAUCGUGCUCCAGUUCAACCGCGGGUAUGUCCGGAACCCAUUUAUCCAGGCCGUACUGCUCAAUCUCGGCGCACGCACAGAGAACAGGAAGCUAGUUAACCAGACGCUGCGGCUCGUGCCGCGGCCGGUGCCGCGCCAGAUCCUGCGGGAGUUGCUGUACGUUGCGCUGAGACUUAAAGAUGCGGAAGGACGCAGGGCGGUGAUCGACAUGAUUGAGGGAAGUUCGACACCCUUGACGCCGAUAGAAUACAGUGUGUUGAUCGAGCAAACAAUCGCCGAGGAAGGUCUUCGCUAUGCGCACGCGAUGGUCGAGAAGCGUGAAUCCUAUGCGGACCGCAAGGCUGCGUGGGAUACGUUGAUGCUGCGGGGUCUGCAGCAAGGGAUGUACGAUAUCGCGAGCGAGGGCACGAAACACAGUCGCCGGGGCGCGUACUACGUCACCGGUUUGCUGAUGUAUAUCUCGCGGCAGUUCGGCACGGCGGAGGCGAGACAGAUCCUACAGCGGUUGCUCAGCGAUACGAUCGAUGUCAACGUCGUGACGAUGGAUGAUGUGGAAGAGCGCAAGGUUACCUCUUCUGCCGAAAAGCAGCUCCAGUAUGCCCGUCUGAUGGCGCGACUGCUGAACCAGGACGACGACCCCGUGAAGCUGAACUUGAGAGCCACGGGCAUCCGGUCCUCGCUGUUUUUACCCCGAAGUCGGUACACCGGUUUCAUACGCCCGAAGCGCGAGGACAGCAGACCGGCAGAAGUCGACGAAAGCGCUAACGGCCUGGAGCAUCAGGUGAUUGCGGCCGAUUACUACGACGAGUCGAUUUUCGACGGCGCAAGGGCUUCUUUCAUCACUGUUGAAUGGGUGGGGCGGUAUGCACUUUUCUCGGGCGAUGCGCGCACGUAUAACUGGGCGCUGCUGACGCUUGAGAGUAUGGGUAUGAGUCCUGAUCAUAUUGACGAGCUAUUCAAAGAUGAUCAGGAAUCAUGCAAGCCAAACCUGUAUCCCGACCCGCUAUCCACCGACGCCAACACCGCAGCCGAAACCAACGUCCCGGCUGCCGUGAACGUCAACCCGGAGCCAUCGAACUCGCGGUUCGUGAAAGCCAAGGAAUUCGAGUUUGCCAAAGACUUGGAGCAGCCUCUUUCCCUGCGCAAGACGCUCGUCGAGCACGACUGGGACACGAUGCGCGAAGUGCACCUGCUUCUAAGCAAGGUGAAAAACCUCGCGUCCCCGUUCGGACAGAGGGCGAUCGACGACCUGGUCAACCGCGGCUUGUUUGACUAUGACGUGCAGCCUGGGUGGAAGAUGACGAGGGAGAUUGAAAAGAUCUUGAGGGAGUAUGAUGAUGAGUGGAAGAGGCAGUCUGGGAUCGACAUGGGUCAGGAGGAUGGGUUGGAGAGUGCGGGUGCGGAGGGCGCCGAUACGAAAAGCAAUGAGAUUGAGGUAUAG